UGCGCAAACCGUGCGGCGAGGUGGGGGAGGGCGUUCCGUGUGUGUCUGUGUUGUUGUUCGGCGGCAGCGGCGGCGGCGGUAAGAUGGCUGCCCACGGGGGCUCCGCGGCGUCGUCGGCGCUGAAGGGGUUAAUUCAGCAGUUUACCGCCAUCACCGGUGCAAGUGAAAGUGUAGGGAAACAUAUGCUUGAAGCCUGCAACAAUAAUCUGGAGAUGGCAGUCACUAUGUUUUUGGAUGGUGGAGGAAUCGCUGAAGAGCCCAGUACCAGUUCAGCAAGUGUUUCCACUGUCAGACCACACACAGAAGAGGAAGUCCGUGCUCCAAUUCCUCAAAAGCAGGAAAUAUUGGUGGAACCAGAACCUUUGUUUGGUGCUCCUAAAAGACGGCGACCUGCACGUUCAAUAUUUGAUGGUUUCCGGGAUUUUCAAACUGAAACUAUUCGGCAAGAACAGGAAUUAAGAAAUGGAGGAGCAAUAGAUAAGAAACUAACUACCCUUGCAGAUCUGUUCCGGCCACCCAUUGAUUUGAUGCAUAAAGGCAGCUUUGAAACAGCCAAAGAGUGUGGCCAGAUGCAGAAUAAGUGGCUGAUGAUAAACAUUCAAAAUGUGCAAGACUUUGCAUGCCAGUGCCUCAACCGCGACGUAUGGAGCAAUGAAGCUGUGAAGAAUAUUAUCCGGGAACAUUUCAUUUUCUGGCAGGUUUAUCAUGACAGUGAAGAGGGUCAGAGAUACAUACAGUUUUAUAAGCUAGGGGAUUUCCCCUAUGUUUCCAUCUUGGAUCCACGGACAGGUCAGAAGCUAGUAGAGUGGCACCAGUUAGAUGUAUCUUCUUUCUUGGACCAAGUAACGGGAUUUCUGGGUGAACACGGGCAGCUGGAUGGACUUUCUAGCAGUCCCCCCAAAAAAUGUGCCCGUUCAGAGAGCCUUAUAGAUGCAAGUGAAGACAGCCAACUAGAAGCUGCCAUCAGAGCCUCCUUGCAAGAGACACAUUUUGAUUCCACACAGACAAAACAGGAUAGCCGCUCAGAUGAAGAAUCUGAAUCUGAACUUUUUUCUGGCAGUGAGGAGUUCAUAUCUGUGUGUGGCUCUGAUGAAGAGGAGGACAUAGAGAAUCUUGCCAAGUCUAGAAAGUCUCCCCAUAAAGAUUUGGGGCAUAGAAAAGAGGAGAACAGAAGGUCACUGACUGAGCCCCCUGCCAGAACUGAGCCUGGAACAGCCACAAAUCACCAAGGGUUACCAUCCGUGGAUUCAGAAAUAUUGGAAAUGUCACCUGAAAAAUCCGAUGGAGUGGUGGAGGGCAUAGAUGUAAAUGGACCAAAAGCACAGCUGAUGUUGCGGUAUCCAGAUGGAAAAAGGGAACAAAUCACUCUCCCAGAACAAGCUAAACUACUAGCUUUGGUGAAGCAUGUGCAGUCUAAAGGAUAUCCAAAUGAACGUUUUGAACUUCUCACCAACUUCCCUCGAAGGAAACUCUCUCAUCUGGACUAUGACAUUACAUUACAAGAGGCAGGCCUUUGUCCUCAAGAGACUGUCUUUGUACAGGAAAGAAAUUAACAUCAUGGCCUGACCUCUCUCAGCUUACCCCCCUUUUCCCUUUACUCUGAGAUACGAUGUCACUGAGUAUGCAUUUUGGCUCAUAGGACCAUAGAGCCAAAUUUGGGCAACAAGUCACCUGCCUUCUCUCUUAUUUCUUGUUCUCUCCUAUAAUCAGUCUCUCCCUAACUACCUCCCCUCUUGUUUUCUCUCCUUUCCUAUUUUCUUCUUUUUCCUACUUUUCUCUUUCUUACCUAAUCUGGUGACCAAAUGGAAGUGUUAGGAUAAGACCUCCUAGUACUGGCAGCAGGAAAUAGGUGUUCCAAUAAGUACACUCUUAUAUGGCACUUUUUGGGGAUCAAAUGAUAAUGUUACUCCUCAGACUCCUUUGGUAAAGGAAUGGCUAGAUUCAGAAUAAGAAUAGCCUCCUUUUUAUGUAAGCCCCGUUUUUAGUAGGGAGAAGAAAUUCUCUAACACAUGUUUUGUUUUGUCGUACAUGUAGAAAUAUCACGUAACAGUGUCCAGGAUUUUGUUUACGUGGAAAAAGCAUCCUUUAUUGCUCAUCACAUUGAAAAAAUUUUUUCAAAGGAUUCCCAUCUUCCCAGCUAGAAUUAUUUCCAUGGUAUUUGUUAUUGGCAGAAAGUGUUAAAUUAGGGUGAGUAGCAUGAGGUGGCUUUCAAUACCCUAGCCUAAGACAGCUUUCUUCUUUAUGACUUAUUAUAAACUAUCUUGAUCCUGCUAGUCCUGGAAUGGACAUCAUGUGAGCGUAUUGUGGUGACUGGGAUGGGAAGGUGCUUGCUGUUUUUGCUGGUACAGCAUAUUAGUUCCUUGGCCCUUCCAUUGUGUAGGUCCACAAGUGAUCUAUAGGAAAGCAGCUGUUCAGUAAUCAUGAGUGCAAUGGCUUUUAGUUGUAACCACUAUGGUUAUUGAUUGUCCUAUGUGCUUUAAGGCAUACUUAAUGUAUGUCCCCGGGGAAAAAGAAAAAAAUGCAGCUGAGAGUUACUAACCAUGUCCCUUUGGUUAGAGGUAAUGAUUCGUUUUUUUACCCCUGGUUGUAAGUCUCUAAAAGGCCCUGAUGACUGACUGAGCUUAUUAAUUCCUCAUGCUGUUUCAAAAGGUAUCAAAACUGAAAACCUUUUUAAGGGGGAAGACUUUUAAAGUCAAUUCAUAAGACAACAUUUAGUAAAGGAUGUGGGAAAGAUUACCAGUAUCUUCAGAUGUUAAUGGAUUUUUUCUGCCAACAAAAGCCACAUUCAAAUUGUAGUUGGUGAAAGUUUGUGUUUUUUUUCCAGUAUUAUUUAGAAGAGGCCAUUUGAAUCUAUAGUACUGUUUGACUUAUCAGCUUCAUUAUGCUCAAUUCUUAUUUUGAGCUUUAAAUAGAGUCCUCUAAAGGGGUAGUAGUGUAAUUCUGGUGGCAAAAUCAAAACUUUAACUUGUCAUAAAACCCUAAUACAGAAUGAACCUAUUUCUCAUUGAUUGGGGUUUAGAUUGAAUGAUUCUUCUACUUGAGGAACAUAAAUUGCCAUUGCUCAGAGACGUUUAGGUUCCUAUCUACCUUAAGAUGACUCUCUUGGCAACUAGGGGAUUUAAAAAGGAAAAAAAAAAAAAAAAGAUGCUUGUGUGUUGUUAGUACACAAUUAGAGAAUACGGUUUCUAAUGGUUGGACUUUGAGGGACCCUCCCUAAAGAAUGAGUUAUGUAUCUCCUCAAGGAAAUCAUGGAAAAUUCUGUUUAUUCUUCAGUGAGUCCUUUUGAAUUAAUGUUCUUACAUUUUUUCUAAGUCUGUGUAAGUGCUUAUGUAUAAGUAUAUAAUUGUAUAAAUAUUUAUAAAUAUAUUUAUAUAAUUACAAUUUCAUUUAUACUUUGAGUCAAAGUUCUCUCUUUAGAUUGGUGACUGAGUAAUAACACUUUGGUGUUUUUUCAUAGGCUCUCAAGGCUAACUAGCUAACUAGCAGCUUCUGAUUUAUUGAGAAAGCAUGGUUUUCAUGUUAAUUCCUCAAUUGUAUCAAUGAACUUGGAUGACGUACUUGCUAUCUGAAGAAAAGAUUCUAUACAAAGGUGCAUUAGAGGGUAAAAAAAAUAGUUGGUUGUGGACAAGGUCAGAAAUCUAAAACUUCAGGGAGGUACAGGGUAAGAAGUGAGGGUAUACUCAGCUUUGGUGCUCUGAUGGCACGUAUCUCCACUCUCAGCAAAGUCACAGCUAAAGCCCAAAUCUGUCAAAAAUACGAAGUCAAAAAUUUUCCCUGUAGGAUUCUGUUUCAUCCUUUCACCUACUAGUUUAUCUUUUAAAACAUCCAGAGAACUUGAGACAAUGUAUUCAUUAAUGAUAGGAUAUAUUUCUUUUUGAUAAGCUCAGCCCUGGCAUAAUAAUUUAUGAGAAACCAAAGUGACUUUCAACUUGAGUUACUGUGAGAUGACCAUAUCACAGUGAUUUAAGUAAGCAUAUUGGAGAGAUAGGGCAUGAGAUACUGCUCCAACUUAGAUGAAACUGGGGUGUUUAGAGGACAAGAUGUAGAGGAUCUUGCUUUGAGGCAGGAGUGUAAUUAUCCUGGGUUUGAUAUAGAGGCCCAUGGGGAAGGCAUUAUGAACUGUGUACAGGAGCAGUAUGGGUUGUGCUUUGUUCAAGAACUUAAGCCACUUAGGUAGUAUGUUUCCUCCAGUUUGUCUUAUUUCCUCUGCCAAUUUCUUAGCUCUUUGAAGGAGAGGUUUUAUUGAACAAAUGAAGUUAGUAAGAUAGGUAAAAACAGUCAUUUGUGGUAGGUAUUGGAAACAGCUUGAAAGAGAUUUGAAAAGGUAAUGAAGAAAAGAACAAGAAUGACUUUGAGAGUAAAUGGCAGGAGACAAAUACAGGGAGAUGAAAUGACAACUAGUUGGGGGAAAGUAACAAGAAAUUUUGAAUUUGACAUAGGAAGGGACCAGAGAAGAGAAAGAACAGCCAAAUGAGGGAAGAUUAAGGAGCUAAUUUUGAAUCACAUGCGUUUUCUCCUUUUAAUCUUCCUAAGAACUCUACGAAAUGCAUAUUUUCCCCAUUUUAUAGAUAAGGAAGAAAAGGUUCAGAGAACUUGUUCAGGAUGUCAUAGCUAGUAAGUGGCAAAAUCAGAAUUGGCAUUCAUGCUCUUUCCACUCCUGUGCCGUGGUCUCCUGCAACAGAGGAAUCAAUCUGCCCAAAAGGUUAUCUUCCCAUUGUUUGGUUCUGUAAGUUAUCACAGAACUUAAAGCUAGUGAAAUUUGUGCUAUGCCUAUAAAUUCAUAUUUACACCAUUAUUUUGAGGGGCUGAUUACUAAUUACUUUUUUUAAAUGAUGCACUGAUGAAAAUGUGAAAGGAAAAUAUGGCAUUAUUUGCCAAGAAAAAAUAGAAAGGAUAGAAAAGAAUUUUAUCAAAAUUUUAAUCUUUUUCCAUAAAAGAUAAAAUAAUCUUUUCUAUAUCCCAUCCAUAUUAUAUUAUUGAACCUUCUAUGUGUAUGUUUUUAAAUCUAUAAAAUUCUAUUUCCUUGACUCCAAGUUAACAACUAUUUAUUUCAUACUAAAUCAAAAUUAGAACAAUCUUGAAAUCUAAGAUCUGGUUCCUGCCUAUUUCACCUAGUUGGAAAGACACACUGCACAUGAAAUAGUAGAACAUGUAAAUGUUCACCUUUCUGAGACUGAACCAUAAUUACAAUAGAAGUUUAGAAAGGGUAAAGAAUAGCGUAGGCUUUAGUUAGGAAAAUAAAACUGAAAAAUGGCAAUCACUGUGGCUCACAUUUUCUUUUGACUCACCUGUGUUCUUCAGCUCCAGCUUUUGUAACUACUAGAUUUAGGGAGUGACCAUUAUCAGUAAGGAGUACCUAAUUUCCAAGUAAAAAAGGAUUAUUGAUCCCAGAUUAAAAAUUUUAGCUAGCAAGGAUCUUACUUGGAUACCUAGGAAAAUAACAGAGGGAGCCACUAGCAACUGAAAAGUGAAGGAAGAAUUUAAUUUCUCCAUCCAGGUACAAAUUAAAUGUAUAGUAUAUAUAAUAUGCAGAAGGGGAACUAUAUGUAGGCCUAAGUGUAUUUGGGUAUCGGCUCUGCUCAUUAACAGAAUUGGACUAGAUCAUUAAUUUUCAAUCUGUUCAAAUAAAGGGGCUUGUAAUUAAAAAAUUUGGCAGUGGUGGGAGCUCAUGGAAUUAAGUAUUAAUAUCAUUAAUUCCAUAGAUGGAGAAAAUAUAAAUGAGGAAUUGAAGACCCUUUGCAGAAAUUCUAGGAACCUAUAGAUUGUAGACCACUGAGUUAGAUUAUCUCUGAAGUCCUUUCUGCUCCAAAAUUUAAUGCUUCUAGCCUCUUCCCUUUAUUUUAUAUAUUAAUCUCUAGGUUAAUUUAAAAGUAUACUUGUCAAUCAAUUCCUUUGCUUUUUUCUGUGGCACAGCAGGUUAAGAAUCUGGCAUUGUCACUGCAGGGCUUGAGUCAUUGGCCUGGUAACUUCUGCAUGCUGCAGGCAUGGCCAAAAAAAAAAAAAAGUCUACCCUGACUGUGAUGACUGAAAUCUCUAAAAGGAGAGAUAAUAGUUACAGGUCUAGUACUGAUCUUUUAAACACAGUUCCUUAAUUUUAAAACCUAAUACUGUGUUCCUAAUCAGUGUUGAGUAUGACUAAAAUGUCAUGAAAACCAAAUAUUUCACUGGCCGCAGAGUUAAUUUUUAUUUUGUAUGUGUGCUUAAACAAAGCAUUUUAUUGACAGAACAAUUGUUAGGAAAUUGAUUUGUGCAAGUUGUAGAAUUCACACUUGAUUUUGAAAGAAACAGGUUUUCCAAGAUCCAAUUAGGCUGAAUUUUAAAAUAUUUCUUUUCCCAUGGAGUGUAUCUCCAUGGUGUAAUUCUCUCUCUGGCCCUAUUUAACUAUUCAGUAGUAAAUCAUGGGAUGUGGGUUGAUGAAUAAGUAAUGUCUUAUUUAAAACUAAAUGAGAGAACAAUCCACCCUUCUGGUAAACAUGGGAAUUUCCCAUUAGAUAAGCCUUUCUGAAAGGCUACGUAAAGACAGCCGUGUAUUAUGAAUAUUCAACUUCAUUGAUUUGCCGUGCUUAGCAUUUCGGUUACUAUCUUGCCGUGAAACUUCGUAUUGCACUGUACACAUUUUAGAAUAGUGGCUUGAAUGUUCUUUAGUACUGAAAAUAACAGAAUACCAGGCCACUGUUGAUUUCUCCUGAUAAUGUAGAAAUUUGGUAUUUCAGUGAUGGCUGUUUUGGUCUUUGAUUCACCUCUGUGCCAGUUCUGUUAGAGAGACAGCUUAGAUUUUUUUUUCUUUUUUGCAUUUUAGGGCGGCACCUGCAGCAUGUGGAGGUUUGCAGGCCUAGGGGUCUAAUCGGAGCUACAGCUGCCUCCCACAGCCACAGCCACAGCCACAGCAAUGCCAGAUGCGAGCCUUGUCUGCGACCUACACCACAGCUCAUGGCAACACCGGAUCCUUAACCCACUGAGCGAGGCCAGGGAUUGAAACUGCAUCCUCAUGGAUGCUAGUCAGAUUCGUUAACCACUGAGCUAUGACUCGAACUCCUAGAAAUUUUUAAAUAGAGAUUAUGAUAACCAUGGUAGUUUUCCCAUGAGGUGAUCCUGUGGUUAAAUUAUUAUAUCCAGCAGUGAGAUGCUUAAUUAGAAAAUCUUUUAAAACUACUUUACUUUUCCAUUCUCUUCUUGAUUUUUGACAUCCAUUCUCUGGAAAUGGCAUGAUUUUUAAAGAAAUUGGCUAUUUUUAAGAAAUUCCAUUUCUGGAGUUCCCUGGUGGUACAGCAGAUUAAGGAUCCAGUGUUGUCACUGUGUGGCUCAGGUUUGAUUUCUGACCCCAGAACUUCCAUAUACUGCAAGCGUGGCCCAAAAAAAAUCCACUUCUAAUUUUUCAUCUUUUAUAAAUUAAUAUACAAGAAAAGAAUUCAAGGCACUUAUUUUUCUCUCUACAUAAGAAUUCUUAUUCCAAAUGAGACUAGCUCUCUCCAUGACAUCCCUCCCACCACCUUUGUUGGCCCAUAGAAUGCUGUUGUAUUGCUUAGAAUCUUGAUCAUUCUCAUAAACAUCAUAAUUUUUGGUACAAAUCUCAAAGUAGGGCAUAAUGAAUAUGCCCAACUGCUUUAAUGAUAUGAACUGAACUGCUUUAAUGAAACAUCAUUUAGCAUUUCUCUGAAGUAUUUUCAGGAGAUAACCAAAUUCACUUGUAGGAUUGAGACACAAAUGCCAAUGGUAGUAUUUUGCUUUGGAACAAUCACAUAUUAUUAAUCUAUGAAUACGGCAUGUUGCCAACAGAUACUUAAUUCUGUUGCAACUAACAGCAAGUUUUUGUUGUUUGCUUAAUAGUAUUGCCUUUACAGAGCUCAAAAUGCCCUAAGAUUUUAUAUCCUUUAUAAAAUCACUUGAGUUUACAAAUUGGAAGAAUAAACUGAUCAUAAGAAAAAUUUUAUCUCCAUUAAAAUAAGUUAUUAAUCUAACUGGGCCACCAUGUCAUUUAUUAGACAUGGUAAAUGGGAAACAUUUCAAAUCAUUAGAUAAAUUGACUUGGAAUUGAAUUUUCCCUUCCUUAAAAUCUUUUCUAUUUGUUUUUUUCAUAGACUCAAUAUGGGCAUCUUAACUGAUAGGGAGAGAAAUUCUUGAUCUAAAACCAUUCCCUGCCAUUCUGCUACCCCUUCCUGCACCCCCGCCGCCCCUCCUCUGUCAAGGUCGCUAGGAUAUCUUUCAAUCUAAUGACAUUGGAAUGUUGAUGCUCACUUGGCUAUCUUUCUGUUUUCAACAGAAUGGUUUUAAUAGUAUGCUUUUCUCAAAGCUUCUGUGUUCUUAAUAAUGGAAAAUAUCAAUAAAUGGUGUGAUUCAAACUAUAAAUAGGUUUUUGACACUAAUCAAAUCACAUGCUCUUAACAAUAGCUGUUUGAUAAUUUAUUUCCUUGUAAAUUAAACCUCCCAUGGAGUGACUAUUGCCACCAGAAAAUCCCCUCUUACCUGCUAAUUAGAAUGAAAGUACUAUGUGGCCUCCACUUUUCAGUUACUGAGUAGCAAGCUUAUAGAGGCUGUUUAUCUUACGUGUUUGGGGACUUGGCCCUUGUUACUUUCCUAGGCCUGUCCUUUCAGUUUGGAAAGGCUAUUUAAAACUUGGUGGGGUACAGACAGUACAGCUGUAAGAUAAUCCUCUGGUCUUAGAUCUAGAGAAAUGAGUACCAAUUGAUGCUAACAUGAUAUUUAGACUUAGAGGGGCUUCUAGCCUAUCUUUGGCAAGAGUCUUAGACACAAUUUUAUUCACUCCUUUAAGAAUCUUUUUUUCUAGAACGGUUUUCCUUCUGAUUGUUAACUUCUAAGCUUCGGAGAGUUAAGCAUCUAGUGUCUUUUUUUUUUAACCCUUGAAGAAACAAAGUAGAUAUUGUUCUAUGGAGACUCUCAGGAGUGUUUGUAGGCUCUGUGCAUGCUUUGUAUGAGUUCAGUUCAUUUCGAAUCAUCCGGGAUGUCCAAUUCUGGCAUGUCUUCACUAAUUGUAUUUUUUAAACAUUUUUCAUGUCAUUUUCCAAAUGUCACUUCCCAUCUUAUCCAGAGAGGUUAAUCAAGGAAUGAAAUUUGGGGAUAGGGAUGGGGGUGGGUUGGGGGCUUGAGUGAAGUCAACUUGGGGUAUUUGCUUUAAAGUGUUCUCAAGCAGUUUCUAACAGUAUUUAGAAAUUCCCUGGGAUGUUUGUGUGCUCAGCUUAUUCUGGAUAAAGUGGUGGUCUUAGUAAGAUUUGCAUUCUUAAUGCAGGACAGGCUCUAAAUUUAAUCUGUAGUGUAAAUUUGUUAUUGAAUCCAAGAAGAUAAUGGACAAAGACAGUGCUCCUAUUGUAGUGUUUAUGGCAAGUGCUCCCUAAAAUACACAAAAGUACAGUUCUGUUUUCUGGGCUUUAAUCCCAUGGUGCUAGGAGAUAUCAUGUGUUUCUGCAGUUCUUAAGGAUGGGAAGGCGGCGUUGGGAUCAGUGAGAAAGGGGCAACUGGAUCAUCCACUAAAUUUUUUGUUCAGUACACACUAGAGACCCUCCUGUAUAUCUAGUAAGUGAUAAUAAAGGUGCUAGGGAAAGCCUUAAAUUUGAAGACAUGUGGAGACUAUAGAAUAUCUAAACUUGUAGGAGGAGAAAACAUGCCGUUAGAUAAAGCAGAGCUGUAACUGCUGGCUAAGACUCAAUGGAACUUCCACUUGCUCUAAAACCAGGGAAAUCUUAGAUAACUGGGUGUGAUAUAUCUAUAGAUAUACAUAGUCUAUAGGUAAAUAAUUUCUAAAAUGAGGAUCUUUCAGUUGGUGAUCCUCUGGUUUUGACUGUACCAAAUUGUGAAUAUUCUUACUGUGUUGUACCCAGUUGCUUUAUAUUGAUACUGCAACUUGAAUUUGGGGAGGGGGCGGUGGGACAUUCAGGGUGGGGGAGGGAGGGGAGUGGGACGAUAAGUCUUUUGAAGACAUCAGCUCACUGUGCUGAGAGAGGGACCAAACUCAAGGAAACCUCUAAUCUAUAAAUUCAACUGCUGCAUUUUUUAUAAAUACAUGUAAAUGUCCUGUUGUAAUAUUUGAUCUUGGAAAUAAAAUCAAAAACUUUUCAGUA